AUGGAGACUCAACGAAAGGACAGCAAAGGGGCGAAUCUGCCAGAGAUGGAAGGGUUUCUGGUGAAGAAGGGGGCGGUGGUCAAGUCCUGGAAGAAGAGAUGGUGCAUCCUGAGAGACAACGCCCUGGCCUACUACACCAAGAAGGGAGGCGAGUUGAAGGGCAUCAUUCCCAUGGGUUCGGCGGGCGGCGUUCAGCAGCUCACCGCCAAUGACACCAAGAAAAAGAACAACAAGAAGAAGCACUGCUUCACCCUGGAGACACCCCAUCGCAAUUGGCACUUCGUUGCCGAGAGCGAGGAGCUGAUGGCCCUCACCCGCUGCCGCGACGCCGCCAAGGCCAGUCCCAUUGCAACUGCCCAGGUUUUGCCCGUAAUCCUCCUAGACUCCAACCAAUUGAAGGUCAACGACUUUGAGCCCAUGGCCGUGAUUGGCCGCGGCAACUUUGGCAAGGUGUUGCAGGUGAGACUAAAGUCGACGGGGAAGAUCUACGCCAUGAAGGUGCUGCACAAGACCAGCAUGUUGGAGGGCAAGGGCCUGGCGCACACCAUGGCCGAGAAGGCCAUCAUGAUCCGCCUGUCGUCGCCCUUCAUCGUCAAGCUCCACUUCACCUUCCAGAGCUCCGACAAGGUCUACUUUGUCAUGGACUAUGUCAACGGCGGCGAGGUGUUCUAUCUCUUGCAACGGGACAAGACGUUCAGCGAGGAGCGGGCGUGCUUCUACGCCGCUGAGAUCCUGUUGAGUCUGGAGUACCUCCACCAAGAGGGUGUAAUCUACAGGGACUUGAAACCGGAGAACGUAUUGAUCAGUGGCGAGGGCCACGUGCGAUUGACCGACUUUGGCAUCUCCAAGGAGGGCUUCGUGUCCAAGAACGACCGCACCAACACCCUCUGCGGCACCCCCGACUACCUCGCGCCGGAGAUGUUGGCGCGGCUGAGCUACGGCGUGGAGGUCGACUGGUGGAGCUUCGGCAUCCUCAUCCACGAGAUGCUCACCGGCUUUGUGAUGUGUGAGCGAAUCGUCCAGGAGGCCUAUCAACCGAAUCCUAAACUGAGCGAGAAUGCGAACGAUCUGAUCGGGCGCCUGCUGCAGCGCGACCCGACCGUGCGGCUCUGCGAUCCUGCCCUCCUCAAGGCGCACCCGUUCUUCGCGUCCAUCGACUGGGCCAAGCUCGCCGACCUGGCCGUCACCCCACCCUACAUCCCGCCCGUCAAGGACGAGGCGUCGGUGGAGAUGAUAGAUCCGCUGUUCACAACCGAGGCGGCGGCUGCCAACACGCCAACAGGCCUCAGCAAGUCCCUCCACUCCCAGGCCCACAUCCAGGACUUCACCUACAUCUCCACACCCGCCAUCAUCAGCCAAUCAACCACAGACCAAUGA